AUCCUCUUUGUCUGCGUAGGUUAUUUUUAUUUUUAAUUUUUCUCCCAUCGUCUGCUUUUACAAGGAAUCAAUCAUCAAUAAGAGCACGAUCUCACUUUCAGUUAGCCGGAUUGUUAGAGAAUACAGCAAAGAGGGCUAAGGGCACAAGAAAAGUGCCCACUUUUUGAAGGACUGCAGGAUUUGUCUAAUUUUUCAAAUUUGUUAUCUUUAUCCCAAAUUUUCAAGUUAAUUCCUUCAUUCCCCCCUGAUUUUAGCUGCUGGGUGUUUGUUAAACUUCCAAAUUAAGUUCUGGUCACCUCUUAUGCAACCAUCCUAAUAAAAAUGCAGGCAAUAGAAAAGGAAAUCUAGUUCCUUAAGAUGCGGGUGAGAUUGUCAUGCUAAUGCUGUUACCAGGUGGUGGGUUAGGGAUGAAUCCUACUAUGGAUGAUAUGAACUUGAUUCAAGCACAAAGGCAUCUGGUCAGGGAUAUUGGUGAGGAGAUUGAUUUGGAGAUUGGACCUGGAGAUGAUGACCCUUCAUUUGCCAACACUCCUCUCCUUGGUGGCCCAUCACAAGAACCUUCUGCAGAAGAGCAGGGUGAAAGUAAGCAGAUGUCAAUGGUCUCCGAAAUCCCAAAUGCUGAUCAAGAUAUUUUGAAGGCACAACCUGCAAAAAGGAAGAAGAAGGUUGUGAAAAGAUGGAGAGAGGAAUGGGCUGAUACAUACAAGUGGGCAUAUGUUGAUGUGAAGGAAGGAACAGCAAGGAUAUUCUGCUCUGUUUGUAAAGAAUAUGGUAGAAAGCAUAGAAGGAACCCUUACGGCAAUGAAGGAAGUAGAAACAUGCAGAUGAGUGCAUUGGAAGAGCAUAAUAACAGUUUGCUUCACAAGGAAGCUUUGCGUCUCCAAAUGGCUUCGAAAGAUAAGAUUGUUGUUGAUAAACCUAUUUAUGUAAAAGCCCUUAUGUCCAAAACGGCUGGAUCAAUUAUUGAAGCUGCACUGAAAAGGGACCCCCAUGAGGCUGAGUUCAUACAAUCUGUCCAAGAAGCUGUUCAUGCUUUAGAGAGAGUGAUUGCGAAAAAUCCCCAUUAUGUCAACAUCAUGGAGCGCUUGUUAGAACCAGAACGUAUGAUUAUUUUUCGAGUUCCAUGGGUGGAUGAUAGAGGUGAAACACAUGUCAAUCGAGGCUUCAGGGUGCACUUUAACCAGGCAUUGGGUCCAUGUAGGGGUGGUAUUCGGUUUCAUCCAAAAAUGAACUUAAGUGUUGCCAAAUUUCUUGGUUUUCAGCAGACAUUAAAGAAUGCUUUAUCACCCUACAAACUAGGAGGGGCAGCAGGUGGAAGUGAUUUUGAUCCUAAGGGAAAAAGUGAUAAUGAGAUCAUGCGGUUUUGUCAAAGUUUCAUGAAUGAGAUAUAUCGUUAUUUUGGUACUGACAAGGACCUUCCGUCAGAGGAAAUGGGAGUUGGUAUUCGAGAAAUGGGAUUCCUUUUUGGACAAUACAGACGGCUAGCUGGUAAUUUUCAGGGAAGUUUUACAGGGCCAAGGAUAUUUUGGUCAGGUUCUAGUCUUCGAACUGAAGCAACUGCUUAUGGGCUGGUUUUCUUUGCCCGGCUCAUUCUUGCAGAGUUGAAUAAAGAUGUCAAAGGAUUGAGAUGUGUUGUAAGUGGGUAUGGAAAGAUUGCAAUGCACGUUCUGGAAAAGCUUGUUGCUGUUGGUGCUCUUCCCAUUACAGUAUCAGAUUCAAAGGGGUAUUUGGUUGACGAGGAUGGGUUUGAUUAUAUGAAAAUAUCAUUUUUGAGGGAUCUCAAAUCUCAACAAAGAAGUUUGAGAGAUUAUUCAAAGACUUAUGCUCGGUCUAAGUACUAUGAUGAAGCAAAACCUUGGAAUGAAAGGUGUGAUUUUGCAAUUCCCUGCGGUUCUCAAAAUGAAAUUGACCAGGCUGAUGCCAUUAAUUUGGUUAAUUCAGGUUGUCGUAUACUUGUAGAAGGCUCAAAUAUGCCUUGCACUCCUGAAGCAGUUGAUGUAUUGAAGAAGGCUAAUGUCAUCAUUGCUCCUGCCAUGGCUGCUGGUGCUGGGGGGGUGGUUGCAGGAGAAAUUGAAUUAAAUCAUGAGUGUAAUGUAAUGCAUUGGUCUCCGGAGGACUUUGAAUCUAAGUUACAGGAAGCAAUGAAACAGACAUUCCAUAGAGCCCUCAAAGCAGCAGAUGAUUUCGGUUAUCAAAAAGAAAGUCCUGAGGCUUUACUACAUGGAGCAGUCAUCUCUGCUUUUCUGACCAUUGCUCAAGCCAUGACGGAUCAAGGAUGUGUAUAGAAAAAGAAAGCUAUUUAUUGUUAGUCAGUACCUUUGACUUUCAUUUGGAGAUUGCACUCCAUAGCAGGAAACUAGAGAGCUCAUCAAGUUUUUCGUAUCAGUUUUAAGACCUAGAUCGUUGAAAUCAAUGGCGGAUAAAAGCUAUAGAGAUAUGACAGAUGUCAUUGUAACAUACAUGUAAUGUAGUAGUGCCUAGUGUAAGACAUGGAAAUGGAUGAGUUAUUUAGAAUUUGAUUGGGAGAGGAAUUUGGAUGAGCAAUUGGUCAUGGUUGUAAGGUUGGGAAUAUAAAUAUUUAUUCUUUGCCUACUUCCGAGAGUUUCCUAUAAAGUUAAAGUGCUAUGAGUCUUUCCACAACAAUAUUAAUAUUAAUUGGAAAUAAAACGUAUUAUUUCUUAUUA